GUGCACACAGCAAUUGUGAACAUCAUAUAUAAAACAUUAUCACAUCAUACGUUUGGCAUGAAACUCAAGCUAUUUUUGAAUGCUAUCCACAUAUAGGAGGAGUUCUCCUCGCCGUCCUUUCGACUUCUCCGCCUUCGUGGCGGUGCCUCUCCGCCUUCUCUCGCCCUGUUGCCUGUCCCGUCCGACAUCCCGUCUGCCUUCUCCCGUACUCUCCACCUUCUCUCGCCCUGUUGCCUGUCCCGUCCGCCGUCCCGUCUGGGAGGUGGCGUUGUGUCGUCGGUCGUGUGGGCCGCGACUUUUCCUCCACCGCACGUUCUCGGCUGUACGGCCCGGCGUGGCUUCUUCCUACGGUUGGAGCCCUCUUAUACGGGUUUGGGCGUCUGUGGUUCCGAAGGUUCUUCUUGGAGAUGUGGAAACUGGGAAGUGUAGUCCGUUCCUGCCGCUCUUGUGA